AUGUAGCCAUAUUUUCCUCCAAUAUAUCCUCAAGUUAGUUUAAGUAAACCUUCAGUUAUAAAGCCAACAAUUAAGCGAAAUAGAAGUAUAAAUGGAAAGGGUAAAUUUGAAUGCCCACAUUGUUCUCGUAGAUGCCAAUCUUAACAUGCAAUGGAUAAUCAUGUUCGAGUUCACACAGGUGAAAAGCCAUUUCCUUGUCUUGUUCCAGGAUGCGAUAAAUUCUUUAAAUAAAAAAGCUAAUAAUACUCUCAUAUGCGUAAUUCUCAUAAUUAUAACACAGAUUUACUUAAGAACGCAAAAAUUCCAGGAAGUAGUGGGCCAUAGGUGUUCCUUAACCCUAAUUCCAAUAACACUGGUGCUAAUCCAAACGCAGAUACAAAUAUGCAGUCUAAUCCAAGCAAUCUUAUGAAUAAUUCCUAUUCACUAGGAUUAGAUCCAAAUAAAAUAGCAAUUGAUGAGUAAUUCCAAAUGAAAACCUUUUAGAAAGUAACAGUGAAAAAAGAGGAUGAUCUAGUAUCAAAGGUCUACUAAGCGAUUAAAAAAAGAACUAAAGAAAAAUAUAUAAAAUAAAAAGAAAAUGAAGAUAUUUUAUAAUCUGAAGGAGAAAAUGAAGACUCAAUGAUUAAUAACGAUAUAGUGCAUUCUGAAUCUUACAUCAUGCAACCCUAAUACAAUGAAGAGCUACCUCAAUAUAUGAUUCAGUAAUAGAAUAAUUAGUAACAAUUACAGCAAUAGGAAUAGCAAAAUGGAACUCCUAUAACAAACUCAUUAAAUUACUUCUAGCAAAAGUAAAAUGAUAAUGCUAAUAAAUAUUGA